GCCAGCGCCGCUGAGGGGGGCGGGGGGAGGGGCGGCUGUUGUUGAAGCUUUAUUAUUCCCGCGGCGGCGGCCGCUGCCGCCACGAGCCGUGUCCGCCGCGCCGCUCCCAAUAAAGUAUAUUUUGAGUUAACGGCCUCAACAUACUGCUUAAAGAAGGUGCUGAAAAUGCGCCUGUUGUCUCCCAGACCGCAGCUCAGCAGUUACAGAAGUCUUCCAGGAGACGGAGGAAGUGAGUUGGCUUACUGAGCUACCACAGGCAGUGCCAUGCAGAAGGACAGCUGGAGACCUGCCCGCCUGUGGGCAUGAGGUCCUGCUUCCCACAGAGUCUGAGCUCCAGAGGGGUUGGCGCCUUGUGGGAGCGAGACGCCAGCUCAACCUGCGCCCAGCGUCUGCUUGCAACUUGCAAUUUGGUGCAAGUUGGAAGUUGUUCUGAGCCUGCUUUUGUGCAAGACAGCGCUUCAAGAAACCAGCUGUUGAAUUUGGCAUCAGCUCCAGCUUCUGGAUGCAGGCAAAGCCUGGCACUGCAGUGCCUGAUCUGAAGAGCAUUCACACCUCCUUUAGUUGUAUGCUGGGCUUUGUGAAAGCAGUGUGGAGUCCACAGCAAGAGGAAGCCAGUAGACCCUGGUGCCAUGGAGCUUCCCAGUUACAGCAAGCAGCUGCUGCAGCAGCUGUACGCUCUCUGCAAAGAGCAGCAGUUCUGCGAUUGCACCAUCUUCAUUGGAAAUGUUCAUUUUAGAGCACACAAGGUGGUUUUGGCUGCUGCCAGCCUGCUUUUUAAAUCCUUGUUGGACAGCACGGACACCAUCUCCAUCGAUGCUUCUGUGAUGACUCCUGAGGAGUUUGCACUCCUGCUGGAGAUGAUGUACAGUGGCAAACUCCCCUUGGGGAAACACAAUUUUACCAAAGUUAUCUCUGUGGCAGAUAGUCUGCAGAUGUUUGAUGUGGCUGUUAGUUGCAAAAACCUCCUCAGGGACCUCAUCAGCUGUUCUGCUCAGGACCAGGUAGUGAGAGAAGUCUCCAGCCAGGCAGCAGACUCAUCUGGAAACCAUGGUGAAGCUAAUAACCUGCCCUGGUCUGAAAAACCUGAUGAAGGAGAAACAGAUAUCCUCCUUCCUCAGAGAGUUUCCCCUUUUCCUGGCCCUCUAGAAGCAGAAAUGGAAGCAGAUGUUUCUCCUGGCCAGGAACUUGCCGUGAAUCACACCUGGGUUCAGCAGAACACGAUGUUGAGUGACUCCAGAUCCCUCCAGGAGGAUUCAGGCUUUUGUCCUGAUCAGCCUGCCUGUGCCAGCCAGGGUGGCUGUGUGGAAGAGGAGCUUGCUGAGCCUCCGGAUGAGAAAGGAGGAGCGAGGGAUUUAGCAGCAGAGAGCAAAAGCUGUAAACUGGAUUUCUUUCUUCAGUAUGAAAGUGUUUUCUCAGAGGCCCUUUCUGAUAACCGAGCUGUGCUGAAAAGACUAGAAGAGUGCAGAGAAAUUGAUGCCUCUCAAAAGGAGGCUCUGGUUGCCUGUCUGACAGAGGCAGGGGAACAGUCGGUGUUCAAGAAGCUGCUGAGCAAAGUGAAGGAUGCUCAGACCCUCGUAUCUUUACUGAAGCUGUUUCAAGAUGCAAAUCCCAACCUCAGAGCAGCUUUGCUGGAGAGGGAACAGGGUAGCGGAGAAGCCCUGCAGCAGACAGAGACCACAGACGAGGCAGAGACGCUGACCGCUCGCUUGCUGGGACACAGGGAGGAGCUGAUCCAGAGCGUGACACAGCUGAGCCCCAUUGUAGAGUUCUUGGAGGCAGCAGAAGAGGGAUUCCUGACCGCCUCAGAGAAGCGGGUAGUUUUGGAUUGCUGUGAAGGCAGUUCUCAGAGGGAAGCCAUGCACAAUCUGCUCAGGAAGGUAGAUGAAGAGAAAACCCUGAAAGCGGAAAGUUUGAUCAAACUUCUGGGGGCCGUGAAAGCAUCAUUCCCUGGUCUCCACCUUCUGCUAGACAACUUGGUGGCAACAGCAAAUGUUUCUGAUGGCAAAGCCAAAUGGACCCCAGAGGAUUAUGGAGCCAAACUGUUGAGACGAUACCGACAAAACUUGGUGGAGCUCCUCACAGACACCCAGACACUGUUGCAGGGUAUCUCUGCUGCACAGAGCCUGGCUCCUACUGAGAGAGAGGCGAUGGAGCAGGUUGUGAAGUGUGAGGCUGGUGGUUUCGCCUCCCUCGUGUCAGCAGCGCUGGAGGAGCGGUCUUUGUCGGUCUCUGCCAUUUGGCAGCUGCUUCUAGCUGUGCGGGAACCUGCACCACUGAACCUGCUCAUGGACGAGAUUCGGAAACAACCUGGCGCAGAGUUUUUCUUCCAAGCAGGUUUUGUAAUGAGGAAACCUUUUGAGAGCUGGCCACCAUCCUGCAAUUAUAACCAGCUGGAGGCCCAUCAGACUGAAAGCAUGGGUUUCAUUGGAGUGGCCACCAGCGAGAGCACAGCCAUUGAGAUCAUCCUGCGGCACAGCAAGCUGAUCUCGGAGGCCAUCCAGCAGAGAGUGGACCCGGAGGGCUUGGCUCCAGGGGAGGCACAACUCACAGAAGCAGUAAAAGAGCUACUGAGUAUUUCUGCUCAGAAGGAAAGUUCAGAGGCCUCUUUGAAAGCGGCUCUGAGCACAGCCCAGGAGAGGUCUGUCCCAGCCAUCAAGAUCUGUCAGCUGCUGUGCAAUGUCCAUGAGUCCUUCCCAGACCUGCAGCCAGUGAUGCAGGAGCUGGGGCAUGUGGGUCUCUUGACUGAGGGAAGUGGGGAGAAACCUGGGAUCAGGAAGUGGAAGGUGAACAGUGAAUCCCAAGUUGAAGCUCUGGACAAAGAUGAGGACAAGGUGGGAGAUGCCACUGCCAAGGAACUGAGGGAACCCCAAGAAAAAGCUUCUUCCAAGAAGACUUUUGUCUGCAAAGCCUGUGAUAAGACCUUCCAUUUCUACUGCCGCCUGAAGGUGCACAUGAAACAUUGUCGGGUGGCCAGAGGAAAGCAGAUCCAGUGUAAGGAGUGCAGCGAGGUCAAAUCGACGAAGAAGGAGCUGGAGAAGCAUCAGCUGGAGGUCCACGGGGUGGUGGGGAUGGCCAAGAAGAAGAAAAAGCGGCUCCCUGUGGCGUGUGACAUCUGUGGCCGAGAGUUUGCUCAUGCCUCAGGGAUGCAGUACCACAAGCUGACGGAGCACUUUGAUGAGAAGCCCUUCUCCUGCGAGGAGUGCGGGGCCAAGUUUGCGGCCAACUCCACGCUGAAGAACCACCUGCGGCUGCACACAGGGGACCGGCCCUUCAUGUGCAAGCACUGCCUGAUGACCUUCAUGCAGGCCUCAGCCCUUGCGUACCACACCAAGAAGAAGCACGCUGAAGGGAAGAUGUACGCCUGCCAGUACUGCGAUGCUGUGUUCGCCCAGUCCAUCGAGCUGUCACGCCACGUCCGGACUCACACGGGGGACAAGCCGUAUGUCUGCCGGGAGUGUGGGAAAGGCUUUCGCCAGGCUAAUGGGCUCUCCAUCCACCUCCGGACCUUCCACAACAUUGAAGAUCCCUAUGACUGCAAGAAGUGCCGGAUGAGCUUUGCCACCCUGCAGGAGCACCGCAAACAUGUCCAUGAGGCUCACUCUCGGGAGUACCACCCCUGCCCCACCUGCACUAAAGUCUUCAGCGCUCCAUCCCUCCUGGAGCGCCACAUGGUGACUCAUGUUGGAGGAAAGCCCUUUAGCUGUGAGAUCUGUGACAAAGCUUACCAGCAGUUGUCAGGGUUAUGGUAUCACAACCGGACCCACCACCCUGAUGUCUUUGCAGCUCAGAAUCACCGCUCCUCCAAGUUCUCCUCCCUGCAGUGCAGCUCCUGUGACAAAACCUUCUCCAGCACUGCUGCUCACCGAAAGCAUGUCAAGACAGAGCACACAGAUGUGAAGUUCCACGAGUGUGAGACGUGCAAGGAGCUCUUCCCCACGCUGGCCCUCCUGCAGGUCCACGUGAAGUGCAGGCACUCAGGCUCCCAGCUGUUUUGCUGCUUGUACUGCUCAGCAUUCUUCCGCUUCCCAGGGGCCCUGCAGAACCACGUCACUAGCGAGCACUUCAAGCAGACAGAGAGCACCUUCACCUGCAAGCUCUGUGGGGAGCUCUUCCCCUCCCAGGGCGAGCUGGAGGGGCACUACAGUGCUGAGCAUCCCAAGGCGGUCUUCUCCCAAGCCACCACGGCCCAGAUUGUGCAGGUGAUUCAGACAUCGGAGGAAGGAGCAGCAGAGCACAUCAUCUCUUUCGACGACGCCCAACUCGCUGGCUCCCAAGUCUUUGUGACAUUGCCCGAAUCCCAAGCGAGCCAAACUGGCUCCGAGCUGGUGGCAGUGACUAUGGAGGACUUAUUUGAUGACAAAGUCACUCUGAUUUGUGAAGAGGCCAAGUAAGAGUGUGUGGAAGGUGCCUGUGCAUGGCGCCUGGUAUCCACUAGACUCAUUCAGGAGCUGUACCUCAAUGUGCUGCUCCAGCAGGGAGAUUCAGGGUUUCUUUGGGAAAGCAACCCUGGCUAUGCGUCACUGCGAAAGAAAUGGCAUGCAGCAAGGACAGCAUGGCCAUGGACAGGAGAGAUUUGUAGACAUUCACAAGGGCCUGGGAAGUCUCCCUGCAGUCAGCAGCUGCCAGCUCAGGUGAGCUGGACCACCCAUCUUUUCCGGCUCAAGAGAAAUAAAGAAGCAGAGGAAAAGAUGGGAAUAUGGUGUGUUCAUGUGUGUUCCUCCACUGCUGUGAACAGAGUGGAAGAGAGCAGACUAGUGCAGGACAAAGUUGGGGUGGUAUGGGUAUGUGAAACCAAAGAAAAAGCUGUCCUGAGAAUUCGAGGUGGAGAUUUUUAUGGCUGAAUCAGUGAUGUGCUCACAGGUAUCUGCUGCUUUGCAGGGUGAGUAAGGGCUGCUUUGUUUCUUCUGUUGCUCUCCCAUGUACUGUUGUGCUGCCUGUUGUGCCAGCUAGAAAACUCUUCCAGCGCAGAGCUGACAUUUGGGCCUCUCUGCUCAAGCAGAGACUUCUUGGGAGUUGUGCUAAAUGGCUUUGGAGCUGUUUAGGUAAUAUCUUGUGUAGCACAGGUCUGAUCCCAUCCAUGUUUUUGCUGUGACUGUCCAUUACAAAGAGGGGUCACAGGCAGGUCUGGGCAUCCACAUCCUCUUUGCAAGCAAACAGCCCUGAGAUCUCCCACGCCUCCUCUAAUUCACUGAGCACGUGCUGAAGCUGCCACAUCUGAGAAAGGAGAAGGAGCUGUGCCUGCAUGCCAGGGGCCCUCGUUACUGGUAUCAGUGGAUUGGAACUAAUGAAGGCAUUUCUGUCUGAGUGUGCAAUAGCUGCUGUGACUGCACAUAGAUGUUCCCCGUGGCACACAGGGCGUUGCUUUGUAAAAUGCAUUCAGAUACCUACUGUAAAGUUUGCUGCUCUGGUGCCAGCACGAUGCAACAGCUUCAUUGCAGCAUACCGGCCCCUUUAAGGCUAAAUUUCAUAAAGCUUUUUUAUCUGCAGUUUCCUAAAAUAUAAUCUGAUAAUUAAUGGUUUGCUGAAUCCAUUAUGAAGUGCAAUUAGAUAGAUGCAGGGUUCCUGUGGCUCUGAGGGGACUGGUAGCAUUUAUCUUCCUUUCCCUCAUGCCAAAAGGUUGAACUCUGCCACUGCAAUAUUUACAUACUGAGCGGUGAUCCCCACCGCAUCUUGCAGCCUGAGACCCUGCAGUGAGCAGCACCCGUUUUAUCACGCUGCCCAGAGCCGCGAGAGCACGAGAGAUGAACAGAUGGGAGUUUUCCAGCAGCAUCUUGUGCUGGCUGCUCACAGCCACCAGUCAGAGAUGGUCACACAGGAGCAUGCCAAGGUGGUUGUGCCAGUGAGAUAUUUUGUUGUUCCUAUUACAACUCGGAGAGAAGUGAACAGCAAGGGGUGCUCCCAGGAGAGGGGCUUGGUGGAGCUAAUGUUCUGCAUGGCUUUUUUUGUGUGCGUGUGGCAGCAAGCAUAUGACCCCGUUGAAGCGUUGCACAUGUCUUGAAGGGCUCCCACCUUUCUCUUCCUUGGUUGCAUGCACGGUUUGUCCCCCAGGCUUUGAGGUGAUGGUGAAGUGGGGGAUGCAUGAGGUUAAGUUGCCACUGAGUCCAGGAAUGACCAGGAGAUGGUGCUCAAAGUCUUGAGGAUUAGUGCUAAUGGCCAGGUGCCUCUGCACCUUUGCUGAAGCUCCUCUUAGCCUUCCCAGGCCUUCCUCAGCUCCUGGGCUGGCAGGUGUGGAGAGCCCUUGAGCCACUGCAAAGCUGGAGGACAACUCGAAGCCCUGGACAGGACACCUCCAAACCCUGGAUAUCAUUGCUUAAAAAGAAGAACCUGAAACUGGGCUGUGGCCGCAUGUGGAGAGGGUAAAAUACAUCUGUUACUGAGGUGAAGCAGUGAAAAAGCCUGAGAUCCCCCUUGGCCAGGAGAAGAGCAGAGGGGGAACUGCUGGAGACCAUCUCAUGCCUGCCUGGACACAGAAGAGCUGUGUGUGGUGCUUAGGAUGAGCAUGGGGAUAAUGACAGAACAAGCAAGUAUGUCUUGAUGGUCUCAGAGCAGAUAUGUUGGGAGGUAAGUGGUGGAUUUUAUCCUGCAGGCUGGUGGAGAUGGAAGCUGUUCACUCUUUUCUGGCUCUGUGGGGGCUGGGAGCUGUGGAAAUCCUGCACAGGCUCCAUGAGUGCUCUGGAGCAGGGGUUGUAUUGUCCAGGUGAUGCUUUGCAGAUGUCCUAGCCUUCAUUUGGGAGUCACUGUCUGCAGGGAGCACUAGGUGAAGCUGAUCUCCCUUUGUUCCUGAAAAACUCUGGAGGAAGAGUAAAGAUUUAGCAGGGUUUGGGGAGAAGUUGCCUUAUUUUGUAGCCCUCUUGUAAGGCAGCGGGAGCUUAGCUAGGGAAGAGCAUGCAAGUGAUACAUUUUGGUUUUGAUCCAUUUGAUCCUUGGCUGUUGACUGAGUGUUGUCACAGUUGAAGGAGGACAGUGUAGAUCACACAUCAGGCACAGUUCAGGCUCACCUCUCCUGUUUAGGGCCAUCUCUCCUGCCUUUGUGCCCUGCAAAAGCCUGUGUGGAUGUAUCCUUGGCAGUCCUGCCAGCAGUAUACACCCAGUGAGAGGUCUGCAGCUGUACAGAGACCAUCAAGCAUCUCCUGUAUCAUUAUGAGGAGAUAAUAACUCGGAUCCCCACAUUCCAGUUCCUUCUUGAUGGAUGAAAUAUGCACGUCAGAGCAAAUUGCAGUGUUAGCAACACCUAUGUACUACCCAGAAGGGAGAUGCGUUUCCCAGGGCACAUCCUGGUCUGGUGCACAACGCUGAAGAUGCUGAUCACUAGUGAUUUCUUGUUAUGCUGCAUAUUCUUUUUUCCUCUGUAAAAAUAAAACAUGGAGAAUGAAAGAUGUA